GGCGACACGGAGCGACGCGCGUGCAUCAAUGAAUCAAAUGUGUCCGGGUUGAGACUUGUUAUGGCGACUCUGUGAUUGGAACGACACGGCGACACCCAGCAUCAACACAUGGAUGGUGUAAAUGUUUCAAGAAUCUUAACACAGCUGAAAGAAAACUUAGAAAAAAAUAACAAGUACGAUGACUUUGUUUCAAGUUUUAAAAAGUGUCAAACAAAUGCCGAGAGAGUUGCUACCCUGUAUAACUUAGAAGAGGCUAAGCAGCUGUUUGUCGUAGAGGAAAAUUUCAAAUCAAAAUGCAAGCGAGAAGCAGAAAAAUUGCGUGCAAUUGGGAAUGAAUGCUUCAAAUCUGGGGACUACCCAGGAGCUGUUAGCUGGUAUACUCAAAGUAUAAUUAAAGCUCCUGACGACUCAGAGAAUUUAUCUCUGGCAUACAAUAACAGAUCAACCGCAAACUUCUACAUGAAAAAUUAUGCCCAGUGCUUGCAAGAUGUAGAACUAGCUUUUAUACACAACUAUCCCACCAAGUCUUGUUACAAACUCUACCAACGAAUAGGCAGGUGCAUGUAUUACUUGUGCAAUAAACAAGAAGCUAUUAAAGCCUUCCAACAAACAAUAUCAGCGCUUGAAAAAGCUGAUUUAACAGAAGAAAACAGGCUCAGCAUGAUUGCUGAUAUGAACAAAGCCAUAGAACAAAGUUCUAAAAUUAACUUGCCUCCAGUGAAUUUGUCCAUUAAAACACACAACUGCUGUCACCAAGGCAUACCAAACUUUAGUUCUGAGACUAAUAAGGAAAUUCCCUGCUUGUCUGAUUCAGUGGAAGUCAAGCUGGAUAGUUAUGGUGGUCGAGGAUUGUUUGCCAGAAAAAAUAUUGAAAUUGGUGAGGUUCUGAUAGUCGAAACCCCAUUUGCCACUCAUUUGCUAAAGGAGUUUAACUUAAGCCACUGUCAAUACUGUUGUAACAGGGUAAGCCUGGCCAUCCCCUGUAAAUACUGCAGUGGUGUUGUGUUCUGUAGCUUAGAGUGUCGAAAUGCUGCCUGGCUGAAGUUCCAUUGGGCAGAGUGCCACAUCUUGGACAGUGUCCAGGAUAAGAACUUAUCCCUGUUGGCCAUGCGUAUGAUUCUGACUGCUGGUCAUGAUGAGUUGAUUAAAAUUGACGAGAAAGUGAACUCACAAGAAGAUUUGCGCACUUCUGGUUUUGAUGAAGAAGGGAUUUAUAAUUCUGAGGAUUACAGAUCUGCUUAUAGUUUAGUCAACCAUGCAGACAGCAGGACUUGGACUGAUUUGUUGAAUAGAACUAUUACUGCAUUGUAUUAUCUCAGAUAUCUAGAAUUUGCGGGAUUUUUCUCAGAAAAGAUUACAAACACCAAAAAAUUGAAUUAUUCAAGUUUAGCAUUUAUAGAACCAGAAGCAGAAACUGUGACAGAAAAUGUAUUGAAUAACAAGACAUGUGUGGGUGGCCACAUCCUCAGAAAUCUCAUGAUGCUGCCCUGUAAUGCCCAUGAAAUCUCAGAGUUUGCUUUAAAUCUUGAAACCCCUGCCAUGUCUGGCACAACUGAGUUAGCAGCUGGGGCUUACCCUGUGCUUAGUCUUAUCAACCACUCUUGUGACCCAUCAGUGGUUCGUGAGUCUUACGGUAACAUCUGUGUUGGUAGGGCCAUACGUAGCAUACAAGCUGGUGAGGAACUCAAGGAUAAUUAUGGUGCCCUUUACCCAACAAUGGAUCUUGAGACUCGACAAAGGACCCUGAAAUCACAGUACUUUUUUGAUUGCUCUUGUGAAGCUUGCUUAGGGGACUGGCCGCUGUACUUUGAGAUCCCAUGUGACAGGCCGAUACUGAGAUGUAAGGUUUGUGAUGGCUAUGUGCCCAUCCCACAAGGUAACCUGACUGAACUGGCCCAGUGUGUGACCUGUGGUCAGAGCCAGGACAUCACUCGGAUUCUUCUACCAAUGGCGGAAAUGGAGGCAGCCUACAAGGAGGCCUUGACCUCUGUCAUUGAUGGAAACAACAGCCAAUCCAACAUAAAGAUCCUGUUGGAUUACCUGAAGUUAAUAGAAAAACACAUCCAUCGACCAUGGAGAGACAUCAACGACUGCCAGGAGGCAUUUAAGCAGUGUUUAAACAUGCAUGGCAGCUGUUACCCAGUAACCAAAGUAUAAUUUUUUACCUGAGUUUUUAAUGCAAGCUGCAUUCUCCACAAUCUUUUCUUAUUUUAAUCAGCUUUGGUGAAAUAAAAUUUCAAGCUGUUUAAAAUAGUAAUUUUUACCCAGUAUCCAACAAAAAUAAGUUUCCCUGCAUUUUUAAGGGCAUUUGCGGAUGACGAAUACCAAAUUAGCCAUAAUGCUUUUUUAUAAACCUAAUGGUAUCAUAUCUUGCAUAUAGUUAUAACUCAAAGAGUUAAGUCUAAAAAUUAAAAAAUGGCAGAAAAUUUCCUGCCGGUGCCAUGGUGAUGGUGUCCAUCUUGGAAUUUUUUUUAACAUUUAAACAUUGAAAUAACUUUUGUAAUUAUUAUUAAAAUUUAUCAAAAUUUUCUGUAGUUAUUCUGUAUACAUAUACCAACAAAACAAAUGUUUAAAAAUUUAAUAAUUUUUCUUUUAUUGUUAAAUGGUGUAUUUUUCGCACAAAUAAAAAAUAAUUUUAAAGUGAUUUUCAGAAAAAAAUAUUGUAAAAACAAAAGUAUUUAAAAUUUGACAAUGUAAUCAAUCAGAAUAGUUACAAACAUGUGUCUCUAUAAUACUGUAUGUUUUUUUUUAUUGAAGUCUUAUUUGAGUUAUUUCGAUUUAAAAAGGUAAAUAAAAUCCAAGAUGGCAAUGGCAGAAAAUUUCCUGCCUUUUAUUUUUAUUUUUAGACUUAAUUCUUUCAGUUAUAACUAGGUGCUAAAUAUUAUAGCAUUAGGUUUAGAAAUAAGCAUUUUGGCUAAUUUGGUUUUCAUCACCCACCCAUGCCCUUAAUGCAAGAUGCAUUCUCCACCAUCUUUUCUUAUUUUAAUCAGCUUUGGUGAAAUAAAAUUUCAAGCUGUUUAAAUAUAAAAUAGUAAUUGUUACCCAGUAACUAAUUAGAUUCUAUGUUUCCCUGCGUUUUUAAUGCAAGCAGCAUUUGUAAAUUCUCCACAAUCUUUUCUUAUUUUAAUCAGUUUUUAUAAAAAAAAAUUUCAAGCUGUUUAAAAUAGUAAUUGUUACCCAGUAACCAAAUUCAAGUUUCCCUGCAUUUUUAUUGCAAGCUGCACUUUCCACAAUCUUUUCUUGUUUUAAUCAGUUUUUGUUAAAGAAAAUUUCAAGCUGUUUAAAAUUGUAAUUUUUACCAAGUAACUAAUUAUAUGUUUCCCUGUGUUUUUAAUGCAAGCAGCAUUUGUAAAUUCUCCACAAUCUUUUCUUAUUUUAGUUUUUGUGAAGUUAGGGAAGAAAAUGUCACUUGUUCAAAAUCUGCUACACCAAGUUUUUCAAACAGUAUUAUUCUUAACUGUUGUAUAAAUACAAAUGGCUUAAGGGGAUAUUCGCAUUUUUUUUCCUAUUUUUAACAAUUUAAUAUCUAAAGCCUUUUGAAUAUAUGUAUCAUGUUUGGCAUUUGGAAGUAAGUAUUAAACAGCAAAAAAAGGGUUGAAAACAAUUUUGGUUGUCAUGGAAACUCAAAAAAACCUUCGUCAUUUUGAAUUUUUUGGUACUUUUAAAAAUGCUAAGGCUUUUUUAUUUAUGCAUCUAUAGCAAUCAAAUUUAAACUGCUUAUAUUUCAGUAUAUAUUAAAACUUUUGUCACGAAAACUUUUUGAAAUAGCUACUAGUAAGAAUUUUACAAAGUCUAAAAA